AUGAGACUAUAUUUAUUAUCGCUAAUAUUAGUGUUUUAUGCUAGUGUAUCAAGUGCUUCACUUGAUAGUGUAAAUUUUGGUAGAGGCGGUGGCUGGGGAAGUGGAAACCAAGGUGUACUUUGUGGAACACAUUAUUGUCCACCAGGUUCAACUUGUGAAAGUAAACAUGGUCACUAUAUUUGUAGACCAGGUGGUUUAAUAACUGCUCCAAGUGGUGGUGAUAGUGGUGGUAUUUGGACAGGUGGUGAUAAACAUAAAAAAGAUUGUGGUGGCACAGGAUGUUGUAAAGAAGGUCAAUAUUGUACCAAACUUGAUGGAAAAGAACAAUGUGUAUAUUAUCCAGAUGACAAAGGUCCACAAUGUGGUGGUUCAUUCUGUAGAGAAGGUGAAAUUUGUGUUUUAGAACAUGGUGUUUUGGGUUGUCUUGAAAAUCCAGUUGAAGAUAGUAAAGCAAAUUGUGGUUUAUUCCAUUGUAAUUACAAUGAAUAUUGUAUUAUGGUUAAUGGUUAUCUUCAAUGUUUAUUCUCAAAUGGUACUGCACCAUUUGCAUGUGGUCUCCAAACUUGUGUUCCACCACAAUUAUGUGUAAAGGUUGAAAAUUGUCAACAAUGUGUUUCUCCACCAAGACCAGACAAUAACUGUGGUGACAAAUAUUGUGAUGAUGAACAUCAAUGUGUUAGAAAAGGACUCGGUUAUGAAUGUAUUCCAAAACGUCUUACUUGUGAGACCAAAAAAUGCGAAGCCUCUCAAGUUUGUAUCAUGGUAAAUGGUGAUGCUCAAUGUAUCGUACCACCAGCUGCCGCCGCUGCUGAAAUUAGAAUAAACAAUUUCAGAUUCAACCGUAACUCUGUUCAACGUAAUGCCAAACCAGCUCAACAACAAAGAUCUGCUCAACAUGCCAAACCAGCUCAACAUGGUAAACCAGCUCAACAUGCCACUCAACAACAACAUGCCAAACCAGCCCAAAAUGCUAAACCAGUUCAACAUAACGCCCAACAACAACAUGCCAAACCAGCUCAACAUGCCGCUCAACAACAACAUGCCAAACCAGCUCAACAUGUCGCUCAACAACAACAACAACAACACGCCAAACCAGCUGCUCAUACUGCUGCCAAACCAGUUCAACAUAAUGCCCAACAACAACAUGCUAAACCAGCUGCUCAUACUGCUGCCAAACCAGUUCAACACAAUGCUGCUCAACAACAUGCUAAACCAGCUGCCCAUGGCGCCAAACCAGCUGUUAAUGCUGCCAGACCAGUUCAACACAAUGCUGCUCAACAACAUGCUAAACCAGCUGCUCAUACUGCUGCCAAACCAGUUCAACACAAUGCUGCUCAACAACAUGCUAAACCAGCUGCCAAACCAGCCAAAUUAACCAAUGCCCAAAAAUUACAACAAGAACACCAAAGACAAGAAGCUCUCGCAAAACAACAAGCUCGUAUUAGACAACAAAAUCUUGUCAAACAAGCUGCCCAAAAGAAACAAACCUCUCAACGUGCUGCCUCUAAAAAUCAAGCUAGACCAGCAACUCAAAAGAGAAAUUAA